AUGUUGAUCAUGUUCUUCCCUGAGUCCCCUCGAUGGCUCAUCGAUCAUGGCUACGCCGAGGAAGGCCUCCGUACACUCGCCAAGCUCCACUCACACGGCGAUACAUCGAAUGCCUGGGUUGUUGCUGAGUACAAUCAGAUCCAGGACAUGAUCACCUUCGAACACGACCACGAGGCGAAGUCCUAUAAGGAGCUGUUCACCAACAGGUCCUCAUUCCGCCGUCUUUUUCUUGCUGUCAGCAUCCAGGCCUCUGUUCAGAUGACGGGUGUAUCUGCGAUUCAAUAUUACUCUCCAGACAUCUUCCGCCAAAUCGGCAUCCCAGGCUCUGAUACCCUCAAGUACCAAGGCAUCAGCUCCAUCAUCGCUCUCAUCGCGCAGUUCUGCUGCAUCCUCUUCAUCGAUUACACUGGUCGACGAUGGGCUAUGAUCGGUGGCAAUCUAGGCAAUUGCGUGACCUUUAUAAUCGCAACGAUCCUGCUGGCUAAAUUCCCGCCUGGCGAGUCGAACAAUAAAGCUGCAUCUUGGGGCUUCAUUCUAAUCACUUGGGUGUAUAAUUUCAGUUUCUCGGCAACAAACGGGCCCCUGUCUUGGAUCGUGCCCGCUGAGAUAUUCGACACCAGGACACGAUCCAAGGGUGUUUCCAUAGCGACGAUGAUGUCGUUUGCUUUCAACACCAUGAUCGGGCAGGUCACACCCAUCGCCAUCGAGAACAUUGGGUGGAGGUUCUAUCUCGUCUUUGUGAUCUGUAACUUCACCAACGCCAUCUUCUUUUGGGCGAUACAGCCAGAAACGGCCAAGAGGCCGCUGGAGGAGAUGAACUACCUGUUCACGAACGCUCCGCUCUUUGUUCCAUCGAUGAAUAUGAAGGAUUUCGAUCAGCACGAUCUGGAACACAGAGUCGCAGAGGUGGAGGCGAAGGGAAGCAUUCACAGCCAUAUUGAGGAAAGACAGCAGCGUGAUUUCUGA